AUGGUUGCAGGAAUCGAGCAUUGUAUUUACUGCUUUGAUGUCUUGGUUUCUGAAUUUGAGGGGAGAAAACAUUUAGAGCCCGAAUUUGAGGAUAUGGCUUUUCCAUUAUUUGUCACUUGGAAUAUCAUUAAUCACGGUCAUUCGCGCCUUCGUGGUUGCAUCGGAAACUUUGAUGCUUUACCACUUCAUACUGGAUUGAAGGAGUACGCGAUCAACAGUGCAUUCCAUGAUAGAAGAUUUUCACCAAUUACGAUCCGCGAAUUAGCUCAUCUUGAAUGCGCCGUUUCUCUUCUAACCGAUUUCGAAGAUGCCGAAGAUUAUCUUGAUUGGGAGAUUGGGGUACAUGGAAUUUGGAUCGAGUUCACCGAUGACCAUAAUCGACGUAAAACUGCUACUUAUCUACCUGAAAUUGCUGAAGAGCAAGGCUGGAGCAAAGUCGAGGCCAUAGAUUCACUUCUUCGUAAAGGCGGAUUCACCGGACGAAUCACGGAUCGUGUUCGUCAACGGAUAAUACUCAGACGAUAUCAAAGUGCAAAAUAUCAAAUUACUUAUGACGAGUAUCUCGAGUAUGUUAAGAGUCGUAAGGGUCUUAUCGGCAACAACAGUGACAGUAGCGUAUUGUUGAAAUCUCCUAUGCUUGCAAACGUUGCAAAAAUAACAACCACUACCACCUCGACCGACUUUCGAAAACUGAAAAGACCUUGA